AUGACGGAGCCUGCCGACGAAAUCAAAAACUGCUCUAUUCGCCUAAACCAAAACGCUGGACGGGAUGAAGAGUUGCUCAAUCUACCAGAAGAAAUAGAAGGGAUGCUUAGAGACUUCGGUGAAGAUAUGAUGGGGUUCGGGCACGAGGAAUUAGAUCAGUGGAAUAACCUGGAUUUGAAUCAGUCUUUAAACCUUGGAAAUACCGAAAAGGAAAGAACGGAAGCGCUGGCUGAGCUCAGACAACAGCACCAAGAUUGGCGACCUCAACUAUUCAAAUCUCCCCAAAUGGCUCUCGAAUGUCUGUAUACCAAUGCUUACCUCUCAUUUGCUGAAGAAAAACUAGGAGUAGUUGUGGCUGUCGCUUACGGCACUAUACCUGUCCUCCAACUCGGGAUCGCGUGUAAUCGUGCUAUUGCUGCCCUACUUCCUUCAUUUUAUCGUCGCCUAUAUGCAGGUCUUUUUGCCUUGAUUUUCAUCUUCGGAGGUGUGUCCUAUGGGGCAACUACUCAAACUGACGACAUUAUCCGAGAUUGCAAAUUUGUUUAUGAUCGCAGCCAGUUUUCAUGGAAUCUUGUUAAUUGUAUAUUGGAACUUCAAGAUUAUAAGUUCUUCUACCCAAUUUUUUCGAUUACUGGUGUAACAGUUAUUAUUAACUCCGCUGUUGCAAUCAAACUUGUUAUACAAAAAGCUGGAGGCGGAGAUGUUACUCACAAUGCCAAAUUAUUCUGGCAGAGUCUAACUCAAGAGUUAUUUUUUGUCAAUGACUUGAUCUGGCAAGGUGUUUUGAGCGAUUUAAUAGACUCAAAAAUUUGGAAGUUCGUCUCACUAACACUUAUGUGGGAGCUGGCUCACACCCUCGACGGGUGA